CAAAACUGCUCAUUUAAAUGAAUGAUUGAUUGAUGAUGUGAUUUGAUUUGAUUUUUUUUUUGAAUUCUUCAAUUAUUGACGAAUAAAUCACUGCUGCUGCUACUUGCUAUCGAUCAUGUCUCAUCAUAAACAAUCAUCAUCCAGAUUUUUUCCAAACACCUUCUGUAAACAAGCUGAGAAUAUUAAGAUUCUCAAAGAUAUGAGUCUGAAUAAAAUGACGUUAGCAUUGAAUCAAUAUCGUAAAGAUUUAAUGUUCUGUGAUUUUGAACUACGAAUAUUGUCCAAAGUAUUUCCCGUACAUAAACUAGUAUUGGCUUCGGCAAGUCCAUAUUUCGAAACAUUAUUCCGUAAUUCCGGUUGUUUUAUUGAAAAUUCCAAUAAUUAUGUUGAUAUUAAAGAAGUGGAUAAUCCUGAAAUAAUGGAAACAGUGUUAAACUAUAUUUACACUGGCGAUAUUGAAAUUGAUUCACAUAAUGUACAAGAAAUUGUUCAUGUUUCAAGUAUAUUGCAAUUGACUGAUUUGAUUAAUUAUUGUGCAAAAUUUCUUGAACAUAAUCUACAGACAUUCAAUUGUAUUGGUAUACUUUGUUUUUCCGAUUCUUAUGGACUAUCCUCAUUAUGUUUUGAAGCCAAAUGUUUUAUCGAAAAUAAUUUUGCUGAAAUUAUCAAAGAAGAUGAAUUUUUUGAACUGCCAGCAAAUCUAUUCAAAUCAUUUUUGAAAAGUGAAAAUUUAAGCAUCAUUUCAGAAUAUCAAGUGUUGAUGGGCACUAUUGAAUGGAUACUACAUAAACCACAAGAACGGCUACAAUAUCUUAAUGAAUUCAUCGACAUUAUAAGAAUGCCCAUCAUUUCUCAUAGUUCGAUUGAAACUUUGAUUGAAAAAUGUGAUCAUCCAGUCGUUGCCGAAACGCUUCGCUGUUAUAUGAGCAAUGAAGAACGAUGUUUACCUGAUACGAAUUUCGGUGGAUAUAGUUCAGUACGAUGUAAACCACGUAUGGCUUCAAGACGAUCAAUUUAUCUAUUCGGAGGACAAGGCUCGAUGAAUACUUCUCGUAAUUGGAAUAGUUUUCACACUUUGUGUCUGGUUGAGAAAUACAAUUUUUAUACGGCUACCUGGGAUAUGGUAAAAUCAUUAAUGUAUCCUCGUAGUGGUCAUUGUGUUGUUCAAUUACAUAAUAAAUUAUUUGUCAUUGGUGGAACUUGUGAUUCACUCAUCCUUGAUGCAAUGGAAAUCUAUGAUCCAACCAGAGAUGAAUCAUCAAUGGGACCACGUAUGAACAUACCACGGUCGGCAUUCGGUGCCUGUUCAUUUUCCGAUUCAUAUAUUUAUGUAUUCGGUGGUCUUGGUGGCGGUGGUAGUUUCAUCGAAGAAUUCAAUCCAUUCACUAAUCAUUGGAACGUUUAUGAUCAAAUGCCAUCAUAUCGUUAUGGUAUGCAAGUGAUCGAACAUGAUGGCCUCAUCUAUAUAAUUGGCGGUGUGAAUUCGCAUGAAAUGAUCACCAAUACAGUAAUGUCAUAUGAUCCAGAGACGAAAAAAUUUUUCGAAUUAGCACCAUUGAAUCAGGCACGAGAAUCAUUCGCUGCCUGUGUUCAUAAUGGUAACUAUAUCUAUGUGAUUGGAGGGAGAGGACCUAAUAAUCAAGUUCUCAAUUCGGUUGAACAAUACAACAUUAAUGAAGAUAAAUGGUCAUAUGUAACCGAGUUGCCUGCAGCCAAAUCGAAUCUUUGUGCAGCCACUAUUAAUAAUCUCAUCUAUGUUUAUGGUGGUCAAGGACCAUUAACGAAUCCUCAGAAUUGUCGACUAGGUAAAAAAGUCUAUUUCUAUGAUCCGGAAGUGAAUCAAUGGCUGACGAGUAAACCGAUGACACAAGGACGUUUAGAUGCUGCCGUUAUUGUUGUUUGAUUUGUUUGAUAUAUAUGAAUUUGUAAUUUGUUUUUUUUUUUUUUCAAACUAUCAAUAAUCAAUAAUGAAAAUGUUUGGCCAAUUUAAUAUAAUCAAUGAUUUUGAUGAUUAUUAUAUUGUUAUAUAAUUGGAUCCUUGGAUUCAGGCAAUACACACCCUAUCGUGAUUGAUUUGGAUAGAAAUAGCUGAAUGGAAAAGAAAUAUUAUCAGCCGAUCUGAGUCUGCAGAGUCUCGUGUAUAAUGCGAAUUUUGCAGUUUUGGAUUCUUAUUAUUUUUAUCAUUUAAAAAAUUUGUUUAUUUUAUCUCUU